GACCACAGCAAAGUCACGGAGAAGAAGCAAGAGUUCCCAGCACCUAAAGACCCAGAAAGUGCACCCUCCAAGGAAGUGGUCGACCUGAAACCUAUGACUGUGAAGGUGGAGGACCCGUCCAAGAUGCAGAGUCUGAAUAAGAACUCGCUUAAGAAAAAGCCUGGGGAUGAGGAGAUGAAAAGCACAGAGAAAAUUGAGACGGAGAAGAAGCAAAAGGCUGCCGAGACCAACCAAGAAGUACCAGUACUUGAAAACAAGAAGGAAGCCGAGAAGGGACUGAAUCUGUUGAUGAUGGUGCAAGAGCAGCUGAGUGAGAAGGCUGACAGCGGCAAAAAAGAAGAAGACCUUCGCAGGGCCCAAUUGACCAUGAGAGCUUCGGAAAAAGAGAGGCUUGAAGAGGAACGGGAAUCCAACAAGGCAAAGAAGAAAGAAUCAAAGACACCAAAGGCAAAAGGUCGCCCCCGAAGGAAGGAAGGUGAAGUUGUGACCAAGGCCAAGAGAUCCAAGAAAGUUGAGAGCGCAGGCAAUGAGGAGGGCGAGCCUGAGGAUGAACAGGCAGAGGCAGAGGAUGACGACGCAGAUGGACCCAGUACUGCUGCUCCCAAGGCCAAGGCAAAAACUGGACCAAAGAGAACCCCACGAGGAAAAGGAAAUCUGCCAAAGCCUGACCCGACAAUGAAGCAAGAGAUGAUCGACCUGAUGAAGCGCUAUCAUACAGUCCCGUAUGACAAACUCCAAGAUGUGCUGCACAAGGUCUAUACCAAGAAGAAUGCCAACCCAUACUGCUCGAUCUACUGGAACCGCCCUGCAGGAGGUGUGAAGAUCAUCCUUGAAGACAAGUCUGAGACUCAAAGGUUCUACUUCAGCUACUGCUACUCUUCGAUUGCAGUGAACAUCUACAUGCGCAACAAAGUUUGCAAGGAGUUUGCCGGUGCUGCGCACGGCUGGUGGGACUCGCAAGAUGCAAUUCACCUUGAGCAGCUGCUCUUGAUCACUGCCGCCGAGGCUGAGAAGGAGUUCGAAGCGUGGAAGAACAUGGACUAG